AUGGAGAGGCCCUCAAAUGUCCAAGCAAACCACAAGCCGAGGACGAGGCCCCGUAAAGACAGGGAGCGAGGAGCCCCAGGGCCUCCAAAAACUCAACGACCGAAGCCUCCGGGGGCAGGUGGGCACCCUGAAACUCUGUCAGUCAGGAAGGAGAAGCUGGAGGAGGAAGAGGGGGUUAGGCUGAGCCCUACUGUGGUGGACAUAGAUCACGUUAGGGACAGCGAGGUGAAAGACGAGAGUCUGGGGCUCCUGGAAGCAGCAGGGCAGGAAGACGGUUUAAAGCGUAAAAACCUGGGAGUGUUUGAGUGGCUGCUGAUGGUGUUCGCCUUGACCCUGGUUCUCCUCUUCCUCCCUUUUUCCAUCUGGUUCUGUGUCAAAGUUGUCCGAGAGCACGAGAGAGCUGUGAUCUUCAGACUCGGUCAUCUGCUGCAGGGAAAACCCAAAGGACCAGGCCUCAUUUUUUACCUCCCUCUUCUCGAUGUGUGUCACAUAGUCGACAUCCGGCUCAGAAUGUUGAAGGUUCCUCUUCACGUGGUGGUGACGAAGGACUUGGCCAGGCCUGAGCUGAGCGCGGUGUGUUAUUACCAGAUAGAGAACGUGGCUCUGUGCAGCGCGGCCCUGGCCAGCCUGACCUCGGUGCUGCAGAGUCUGCUGCAGGCAGCCAUCAGGGACGUUCUGGCCCAACACACGUUCAGCCACAUCCUGCUGCACAGGCGGAGGGUCGGGGAGCAGAUCCAAACUGCUGUCGACUCUGUAACUGGCCGCUGGGGCAUCAGGGUGGAGAGGGCCGACAUAGACGAGCUCAGUUUUCCUGCCGAGCUGCAGCAGAGUCUGACUGCAGAGGCCAAGACGCAGCAGCAGCUCAGACAGGUAAAAGCGUCAGAAAGUGAGAUCGCUGCCUGGGACGUGCUCCGAGCUUCCCUCCGCUAUCUCCACCCUGCGAUGGUGUUUCCUCUGCCUCCAGAUCUCCUCAACGUGAACUCUGACUUUUCAUCCCUCCCACCACCUCCCCCCCCUGCUGUGGAAGAAGAGAUGACAGCUGCAGAGCCGGAGACAGACUCACAGAUGAUGUGA